ACUCCCUCUAGCGCCCGGUCCACCGCGGCCGCCUCGCUGACGCCCAGCUGGCGCGCCGGGCGGUGGAAGGGGACGGAGGCGGGCUCCCUCCGGUUCCAGUCUCCCACUUUCAGCCGCUCCCCACCUCGUGCUCUCUCCCUUUCUUUCUCCACGAAGCCGAUUCCUACUAAGCCGCAGAGAGAGAGAGAGGCAGAAUUCUUUCGCGCAUUUCGUAGCUCAGAUCCUGCCGCUCCCACCCAGCCAUCCUAUUCUCUCUAGGUCCUGACUGUUCUUGACGCCCCAAUUAUCAGCUUGGUUUCCUCUUUCUUGCUGUGAUCCUUUUUGUCCACCUUUCUUUGCUUGCUUGUUUAGGACUUGGCAUGCAGGCUUCUUUCUGCUGAAUUUCUGCUCAAACACGCCAUCUGUUGGCACACAAACAGUGAAAAAACAUGGCCUUUUUGGUGUAGGAAGGUUUUCAUCUCCUAAAAUUUCCUUCUUUUGGUCCUUGGCAAAAUAGAAGUGUUCUCUCUCUCAAUCAUUUCUACUCUUCCAGCAUCAGACGACCCUUUUUACUACGAUCUUUCUGUCUGAUCGCUCAAAUUUAAGCUUCAAGAAGCUCCUUUUGAGAGAAAUUCAGUCUUUGAUAUAACUGAUUAGCUCAUGCAGUAGCUUCAGCAAAGAUCCCCAUGUCACAAACCAAACCCCUUUCGAAACCGUUGCCGAUGACAUAGCCUUGCUCCAACUGGCCUGUCUGAGCUGCGAAAUUUGGUGUUCUUUUUCGGCUGCUGCGCCAUGGACGCUCUUCCCGACGCCGACACGGCGCCGUUGGCGGCAGCGCCUCCGCAGAAGCGCGACGAGUGGAGCGAGAGCGGCAUCGUGCGGCUGCUCGAGUCCUACGAGGCCAAGUGGCUGCUGCGGAACCGCGCCAAGCUCAAGUGGAGCGACUGGGUCGACAUCGCCCGCGAGGUGUCCGCGUAUUGCGCUGAGGACGCCGCGGCCACGGGGAAACCCGGCGGCAACAGCGCCAAGACCCCCAACCAAUGCAAGAACAAGAUCGAGUCGAUGAAGAAGCGGUACCGGGCGGAGUCCGCCGCGGUGGCGCGCGCAGGCCCCGCCGCAGCCGGCCCGUCGUGGCGGUUCUUUGUCCGCAUGGACGGGCUGCUCAAAGGGCCGGCCGGCUGCUCCAGCCAGGUGCAACAGGCAGAGUUGAGUAACAGUAUAGAUCUGCGAGCUCCGGCGAAAGUAGAGGUCGAGGUCGAUGCAGAUUUUGUCGCGCAGUUGCCGGACGCAGGCCCAGGUGCAUUCUCUGAUCUGGCCAAUGGCUCUGUCCCGGAGAAAGCGGAGAAGGUUGACAACAGCGUGCAGAAGGAGAGCAGAGCUGCAGAUAGCGAUGCUAACGUGAGCUCUCCGAGGAGCAAGGUGGCGAAUGAGGACGUCGAGGAGGUGGACAAGGUCUGGGACCUGCCCAAGAAGAGGAAGAGCACAGAGUUUGAUAUAGCGAAGAGCAUCGAGUUGCUGGCUAGCUCAUUCUUGAAGAUUGAGCACGCCAAAAUGGAGAUGUAUAGGGAUACGGAGAGGAUGAGGGUUGAGGCUGAGAUUAAAAAGGGGGAGAUGGAGCUCAAGAGAACAGAGAUCAUGGCCAAAACACAGUUGCAGAUUGCUAAGCUUUUUGCAAAGAGAUUGAAGGAGAGCAGUGGCAAGACUGGCGGUAGUUCGUCAGUAAAAAAAGAGGACACCCUUACCAAGAAAGGCGAGAAUGGUUCAGGGUGAUGUGCCAUGCACUUUGCACAGCAGCUGAUUCUGUUCUCAAAGCAGGUCUUAGAUGUCCUUGGUAUCGCACAGUUCCUGUGCACCAAAUGUAUGUGUCUGAUUGAUCCAACCUCACUGUGCGUGGUGAAAUAGUUAGCUGUAAAAUUGAAGAUGCAGUAACGGGAGCAGCGAUAGGAUUGUUUCCCCCUUAGUGGGAUUACAGAAGCAAUUUUUGAACCAGUGACUUGCUAGUCCGAAAGUUAUCCCCUUCUGUUGCUGAAUCUACUUACUGACAAACAACCAUCAUUUGUAUCAGUCCAUCUCUAUGCUGUGAAGAAUUGGAGCUGUCAUGUUACCAAUGCUGCGAUAAACUGUAUCGUGUUGUGAAUUUUGUCCCCUGAUUAUGUAUUAUAUUUUUUUUUGGGAGAGUUUAACUUAUGUAUUAUAUGCACGAACCAAUUCAAAGGUCGGGUCGAAGAAGAAGAAAACUGUUGAAGUAUAAACCGACAUGUCUUCUUUUGUGAAAAAAAUAGAACGGCAUGUCUUGUUGUGGCUAUAUUGAAAAACACAUAUU